CUCAUUCGCAGACCUUCCUCGUCGUCCGCACCUCCUCCUCAACCUUAAUCCUCCAGUCAUGCUGCGCAACCUGGCCCUCCGCUCCGUCCGAACGACGAUGCGCAACGCGCGCAGCAUCGCGUCGGCCUCGGAGCUGUGGAAGAACCCGCGCAGCUCCAAGUUCUCCAUGACCAAGAUCGUGGGCACCAUCGGCCCCGUGUCGGAGCAGCUCGACAUGCUGCAGAAGCUCACGAACGAGGGCCUGCGCAUCAUGCGCAUCAACUUCUCGCACGCCGAGUACGACGAGGCGCUGCUGCGCGUCAACAACCUGCGCGCGUGCCGCGGCGUGCACGCCGAGGGCAAGGCCAAGUUCAACCUGCGCGCCGUGCUGCACGACACCAAGGGCCCCGAGAUCCGCACGGGCAAGAUGGCCGACGGCAAGAAGAUCAAGCUGGAGAAGGGCAAGUCGGUGGUGCUGACCACGGACCCGGCCUUCGAGCUCACGGGCACGGCCGACAAGUUCUACGUGACGUACCAGCAGCUGGCCGAGACGGUCAAGGUGGGCGACACGGUGCUGCUGUCGGACGGCCUCAUCCGCCUCACGUGCACGGCCGUGGGCCAGGGCGAGAUCACGUGCCAGAUCGAGAACACGGAGGAGAUCGGCAACCGCAAGGGCGUGAACCUCCCGGGCCUCAUCGUGGAGCUGCCGGCGCUGUCUGAGAAGGACAAGCGCGACCUGGACUGGGGCGUGGCGCACGACAUCGACUUUAUUGCCGCGUCCUUCAUCCGCAAGGCCAGCGACGUGCACGAGAUCCGCGCGUUCGUUGACGAGUGCAUCAAGAAGCACUGGGCGCACGAGCCCAAGUACAUCGCGCCCAAGAUCAUCUCCAAGGUGGAGAACCUGGAGGGCGUGCAGAACUUCGAGGAGAUCCUCGAGGCCUCGGACGGCAUCAUGUGCGCGCGCGGCGACCUGGGCGUGGAGGUGCCCGCCCAGAAGGUGCUGACGUACCAGAAGAUGAUGGUGGACCGCUGCAACGCCGUCGGCAAGCCCGUGAUCGUGGCCACGCAGAUGCUCGAGUCCAUGCAGAACAACCCGCGCCCGACGCGCGCCGAGGUCUCGGACGUGGGCAACGCCGUGCUGGACGGCGCCGACUGCGUCAUGCUCAGCGGCGAGUCGGCGCAGGGCAAGUACCCGAUCGAGUCGGUGGCCACCAUGAACACGGUCAUCAAGGAGGCUGACGAGCUGCUGCUGCAGCCCACGUACCGCGCCAAGUUCCAGUUCGACCCGCCCACGUCGGACGUCGAGUCGGCUGUGUCCUCGGCCGUCAAGACGGCCAACGAGAUGCACGCGCAGCUCAUGAUCGUGCUGACCGCCACGGGCUACACGGCGCGCAAGGUGGCCAAGUACAAGCCCACCGUCCCCGUCAUGUGCUUCACCGACAACCUCAAGGUCGGCCGCCAGCUCCAGAUCCACCGCGGCCUCUACCCGGUCGUGCCCGACUACCUCGAGCGCCGCCCCACCACGGCCGAGGCCAUCGCACACGCCAAGAAGAUGGGCUGGCUGUCCUCGGGCGACCGCGUCGUCGUCAUCAGCGGCGACAAGCUCUCGGACGACCUCGGACGCGAGAUCGUCAUGGGCGUCGCCGACGUGCAGUAA